ACUGACAAGAAAGGAUCUGUAGUAACAUGGAGAGAAGACCCUCUGGCUAUUAGCAUCUGUAUCCCUGGUCUCCUCGUCUAGAAAUCCGGAUCUGCCACACGUUCCGCUUCAUCUCUGCAUACACAGUACAGGUCAGCCAUGUUCCCAAGGGUUUGGUGGCUCCUGUUUUUAUUAGAGCUUCGAACAUAUGUUGCACAAAAUGUCUACGAAGAAAGACGAGUCGGAAAAUAUAAACCCAAAGCUUUAACAGCACCCGUAUCAGAAAAAACAAUAAAUCUUAGCGAACAAGAUGAAGACUGCAUUUUGGAAAUGGCUUUUUUAUUGGACAGCUCGGAAAGCGCCAAGGAUUUUAACCACAAUCAGGAAAAGAAAUUCGUCUUGCAAAUGGUUGACAAGCUGAAAGGGGUUCAGCUCAAUUCGGGACGAGCAUUCAGCUGGAGAAUGGCUUUAUUGCAGUACAGCAGCACAGUUCAGAUAGAACAAACCUUUAGAGACUGGAGAGGACCUGAUAAUUUCAAAGCACGAGUCGCUCCCAUAUCUUACAUUGGCCACGGUACAUACACAUCCUACGCCAUCACAAAUCUAACGCAACUUUAUUUGAAUGAAGGUACUCAAAAGAGCGUGAAGGUGGCCAUACUCCUAACAGAUGGAGUCGAUCACCCAAGAAAUCCUGAUAUUUUUGCAGCCACGUCUAACGCCAAACACCAUGAUAUUAAACUUUUUACUGUGGGUAUGACGGGGGUAGCUAAAGAAACAGCCAAUGCUGCCAAACUUCGUUUGCUGGCCAGUGUUCCGUCGAGUAGGUUUGUCUUUCAUCUGCAGGAACCGGAUGUCGUGGACAGAAUCCUUAAAGAAGUGAAAGAACUUUCAGAGGAAGGGUGUCCCCAAGUAACCGUAUGUUCAUGCGAGAAGGGUGAAAGAGGCCUACCAGGAUCUCCUGGUAAAAAAGGCCGACCAGGAGAUGAUGGAGCUCCAGGACAGAAGGGAUUUAAGGGUGAAUCUGGACUUAAUGGUAUUCCUGGAAGAGAUGGAGUAGAGGGUAAACCUGGAUAUAAAGGAGAACAGGGAGAGAGAGGUGAAUGUGGGAUCCCUGGAAUCAAAGGAGACAGGGGUCCAGAGGGUCCAACAGGCCCAAGGGGAAUACGAGGCAUGCAGGGAAUUCAAGGACCACCUGGAGAUCAGGGUCCAGAAGGAUUUCAGGGUCCUAAGGGUGAUAGAGGCCUCACUGGACCUCCUGGACUUUCGGGUGAAACGGGCAUAGGAUUGCCAGGCCCAAAGGGUGAUAUUGGAUUACAAGGACGACCAGGCCCAGCUGGCCCACCUGGAAUUGGAGAACCUGGACCUGCAGGCCCACAAGGAGCGCAGGGAAUUCAAGGAGAAAGAGGACUCCCAGGAGAGGGACUGCAAGGGCCGAAGGGAGAAAGAGGGUUUGAAGGACCCAGGGGACCUCGUGGACAGCCAGGGCCUAGUGUCAAGGGUGACAAGGGUGAUUUUGGACCUCCUGGUUUGCCCGGUCCUCUUGGUCUGCCAGGUGUAGGAAUACAAGGAGAAAAGGGAGUACAAGGUCCUAUAGGACCACCAGGAAUAAGGGGACCACCAGGAGAGGGACUCAUGGGACCAAAGGGAGAACAAGGUCUGCCUGGAGAAUCUGGAGUACCGGGAGAAAGGGGACUUGGAGAAACUGGUGCCAAGGGUGAGCCAGGAUCUUCAGGUCUGCCAGGUUUACCAGGUCUCCCAGGAGAAGAUGGCGCUCCAGGACAGAAGGGUGAACCCGGACUUCACGGGAUUCGAGGUCCAGAGGGGUCACCUGGCAUUGGUAUCCAAGGUGAAAAGGGUGACCAAGGCCAAAGAGGUAUACGAGGGUUAACAGGACCUCCAGGACCUACAGGACCAUCUGGGCCAAAGGGUGAACCCGGGUCUGUAGGACGUCUUGGAAUGCCAGGUCCUCCUGGCCGUGCUAUUGUAGGACCUAAGGGUGACAUUGGUCCUGCUGGCCCUCAGGGUUUAAUAGGAGAACCAGGAAUUGGCAUUCCCGGCCCCAAGGGUGACAGAGGUAACACAGGACCACCAGGGCCAUUUGGACCAAAGGGUGAUGGGUACCCAGGCUUACCUGGAGUGCCUGGACUUCCUGGACCUCAGGGGGAACCUGGACCAGAAGGCUUCGGAUUACCAGGACAAAAGGGUGAUCAAGGUGUCAGAGGACCUGUUGGACCCUCCGGACCUCCAGGUGAAGGUUUACCAGGGCCAAGAGGGAAUGUCGGAAAGCCGGGCUUACCUGGGGCCCAAGGACCCCCAGGUGAAGGAAUUCAGGGACCAAAGGGAGAGCAAGGAAUUCAAGGUGUAGCUGGACCUCGUGGACCUCCAGGAGAAGGGCUUUUAGGACCAAAGGGUGAUCGUGGUGGCAGUGGUGAAAGGGGCAGAAAAGGAGACAAAGGGGACAGCGGAGAACCCGGACUUACUGGAGAAUCAGGCAGACCUGGAUCUAAGGGAGAAGCAGGAUUAACUAGAGAAGAUAUUAUUAAGAUGAUAAAGGAGAUUUGUGGUUGCGGUGUGAAAUGUAAGGAGAUCCCUAUGGAAUUGGUAUUUGUAAUUGACAGUUCUGAAAGUGUGGGUCCAGAAAACUUUGAGAUCAUCAAAGACUUUGUCACGGCUCUAGUGGAUAGGGUCACAGUAGGCAGAAACGCAACUCGCAUUGGACUUGUCCUGUACAGUUUAGAAGUUCGCCUAGAGUUUGGUCUUAACAGGUUCACGACUCAGCAAGACGUUAAGCAGGCAAUAAGGAAAAUGAUGUACAUGGGAGAGGGUACAUACACUGGAACCGCUAUACGUAAAGCUACUCAAGAAGGAUUUUUCGGAGCCCGAACGGGCGUUCGCAAAGUUGCUAUCGUGAUCACAGACGGCCAGACGGACAAGAGAGAAGCAGUAAAGCUGGACAUCGCUGUCCGUGAAGCUCAAGCUGCUAACAUACAAAUGUAUGCUAUCGGAAUUGUCAACGUGUCAGACUCAACGCAGGUUGAAUUUAUACGGGAGUUAAAUCUCAUUGCUUCUGAUCCAGAUAGUGAACAUAUGUACCUGAUUGAUGACUUUAACACCCUUCCAGCUUUGGAGUCCAAACUGGUUAAACAGUUCUGUGAAGAUGAAAAUGGAGCCCUUAUUUACAAUCGAAUUGGAAGCACAAUCAAUACAGUUUCCUUACAAAAUGGGUUUCCUGGGUCCUCUGACCCCGUGUCUUAUGGCAACAGAUAUACUAAUAUCCAGGAAGAAAAAGUGAACUUCAAAGAGGAAAGAGUCAAUAUUCAAGAGGAAAGACGGAAAACAGACCUAAUAGAACCACUUGUGGUUCAACUUCCACCAAAAGAAUCGGAAAGAGAAGUCAUCAGGGAGACUGUGGUUGAAGACGAUGAGGAAGAUUACAAUGAAGAAUCAGAUUACUCAGAACAGCCAUCAAACACAAGAGUGAUAUCAUCUUCAACCUUCAUAUCAUCUUCUGCAUCACAAUCUUCUUCCUCUUCAUCAUCACCUUCUUUGUCAUUACAACCUUCAUUGUCGUCGUCGUCAUCAUCAUCAUCAUCAUCUUCAUCAUCAUCUUCACAGUCUUCAACAUCACAAGGAACCUCUUCAACGUCCAAAGUGAUACUAUCUCCAUCAAGUUCAUCAGAGUCUGUGAAACCAGCUAUACCAGAAUACAUCCAGGAUGCACGCUGUAUGUUACUACUAGACCAGGGUACCUGCAGAACAUAUAUAAUCAAAUGGUACUAUGACAAACAAGCCAAUUCCUGUGCCCAGUUUUGGUAUGGUGGCUGCAAUGGAAAUGGAAACCGUUUUGAUAGCGAAGAUGAAUGCAAGAAGCUGUGUGUGUUCCCACCUAAUCAAGAGAACUAAGUGAGAUUCUACAUUCCUUUUUAAAGAGGUUCUACUCACGACACUGAAGGAGUCAACAGCAUGGAUGCCCCAUUUUAUUUAAAUGCACACGUGAAAUAUUUCCAAUAUGAUUGUCAUUAUUUAUGAUGCAAUUAACUUGUUCCAUGAUUUUUUUGUAUAUUAUAUUUUUUGAGGGGACAAGAAAAACACAGUUCUUACAGUAGCAUUUUGGAUGUAAAUGUUUCCAUUUCUCAGGGGUAUAUGUAUAUAUUUUUGCCAUGAGGUCACCUAUUAUGUUAAGGUGGCCUGUUUUAUACAGAGUGCUUGAAAAUCCGGAGAAAAAUGGUUGUAUUUCAACAAAACCUCAAAAUGUACUAUUCUUAUGCAAUAUUUAUUUUUUCAGGGCAUUUUGGGGAUAACAGGCUACCUAGCUUUAUUAGAAGGACAAAACAACUGUGAUAGAAUACUGAUACUGAAAUUAUUUUACUUGCUGGUUGUAGAACCAGUC